CCUACAAGCCAAUUUAGUAGUUACUUCUAUAUUUGACUGCAAAAUGUUUUCGUUUAUCUAUCUUCUGUUCGUUUUUCUCUUAAGUAAUAGCCAACAAUGUCUGUGUCUUCAAUAUGACUAUUAUUGGCGAGAUUUCAUUGGUGGAGAAGUGCCCAGAGAUGCUAUAGUAGCAGGACAAAAUAUUAAGAAUAAAAACAUUUACAUUGGGCAAGCAUACGCAAAUGAAGCGGGUCUCAUAACUGGUGAAAUUUUUUCCGGCGUGAAAGAAGUUUACAUUCCGUUGGAUGGGAUCCAAAAGAUAGAAAAAAACAUAAAAAUACUCUGUGGAACUGAACAAAACUUAUAUUGGAUGCCAACAAAUGCUUCUAGCCUUUCCUCACUGCUCGUUGAUCAUGUUGCUGUGACGGGUGGGUAUGAAUAUUCAACUUGGGCAAAUUAUCAAGGAAUACUAUACAUCGGAAGAUUAAAAUACAAUGGAGAAUAUAAAAUCGGAAAAAUUGUUUCGUACUACGGUCCCAAUAUGUUCCUUUUCAACGAUAAUAUGUCACAAGUACAAGUUAGCUCUUACGAAGUACUUCUAUUACAGAAAUAAUGAGACGAGUAAAUUUGUUGCAAGCAGACACAAAAUCUCCACUUGCAAGUGAAGAUAAUUUAAUUAUAAAUAUGUACCUAACAAAUCACGUAGAAAAUUAAAAAUAUUGUAUUAAUAUCUUUAAAAAUAUUAUAAAUAAUGUAACAAAUUUUGAAUUUGAAUUAAAUAAUAAUCAUUCAUUUGUGAAAGGUUGUCAUGAACCUAGACACCCGUUAAUAUCUAUUCUUAAUUAUCUAUUAAUCUUAAUAUAAAAGCUUAUUUAGUUUUUUGACCAUUCUUAUAGUCUAGUGCAAAGUUU